GCGUCUGUACCGCCCGCCCCCGCUGCCGGAACACAAAGCCCAUUGGCUCAAGCGCCCGCGAGGGCAGAACGUUUAUUGGAUGUGGUACAAAUUAAGCCUUCCCGCCAGACAGUUGCGUUGUUGUGAUUGGCUGCCAAUGCGGUUAUUCUUCUGUCACAUUUAACCCGGAAGUCGUUGUUAGCGUUGGAUGAUGGGGACAUAUUAAUAACAACGCAGGUAUCGAUCCGGUAAAUACGGGGAGUUGUGAUAUCCGGACAUGAACUUAUGUAGUUUAAGGAAGCAUUAGUCCGCCCAAUGGAACACAGAGGAGCCGAGACACCGACCACAGCAUACAAAGUGUUCACGUUUAAAGACCAGAAGAGUCCUGCUUCUCUCUCUGUCUCCAUCCCAGAGGUUCUCGAUCCACACUAUGGGAUGUACGUGUGGCCCUGUGCCGUGGUGCUGGCUCAGUACCUGUGGACGCAUCGAGAGGAGCUCAGAGGCAAAGCAGUGUUGGAGCUUGGCGCCGGUGUGAGUCUGCCGGGCGUGGUGGCCGCCAGGUGCGGAGCGAAGGUGAUCCUGUCGGAUGGCGCCUCGGCCCCGCUGUGUCUGGAGAACUGCAGGCGGAGCUGUGAGGCCAACGGCCUCCUCCGGGCCGUGGGCGUGGUCUCACUCACCUGGGGGGAGGUCUCACCUGAGCUCCUUCUGCUGCCCCCGCUGGACGUCAUCUUGGGUUCGGACGUCUUCUACGAGCCUCGGGACUUCGAAGACGUCCUCCUGACGGCUUCUGUCCUUCUGAGGAGAAACCGCGGCGCUCAGUUCUGGACCACGUACCAGGAGAGGAGCGCGGACUGGUCCAUCGAGGCGCUGCUGCACCGCUGGAAGCUGAAAUGUGUCGACGUUCCGCUCGGCGCUUUCGAUGCAGAUGAAGCUGAGCUGGCUGGAUCGACUCUACCGGGAAACCACAGCGUCGUCAUGAUGAUCAUCACCAUGGAGACCGAGGACGUGGUCCCGUGACAGCUGAUCCUCCAUGUCCUGGUGGUGAUCGUCACCAUGGCGACGGAGGACAAAAACCUGAUGUGUUCUGUCUUUAAAGAGUUAUGAAAUAAUCACCUGAAGCAGAGGUGUCCGACUCGGUCCUGGUCCGGGCCCGGUUGGCCCACGUUUCAACAUUAAAAUGUUGUUGAAACUUUUAGUUUUAGAAAGUUUUAGACAUUUCUAUGUUGCAAAGCACGUUAUAACCUAUAGGCAUAAAUACACUAUAUUAUUGUCAUUAUUAGUAACAGUUAAAGGGAUUUAAAACAGAGAUCUCAACAAAUCUGAAGUUUCCCAAAAUAGAUGAAUAACAUAAAUAUUUGUAUUCAUUGUUGGGAUGCCACGUGUUUAAAUAUUGUCGUCAUUUUUAUCUUUAGAUUUUUAAUCCUUGUGUUGCAUCACAACAAAAGCUCCUUGAGUCUUUAAUUGUGAUUGUAACUCUAAAGACGUGAAUGAGAAGAAAUGAAGCGACCUUCACUCGAUGUUCAUCAGAGACUCCUUCAGUUAUUCUGCAUGUGUCAUGUGACGUCACAUGACCAGAAAGAUGAAGUCGGGAUGCAGAAAAAUACCACAAGUACCUCUCCGAUGCAGUAAAAGUACCACACAUACCUGGGUGAUGUAGUACAACUACAACAUGUAACUUCCUCCACCUCAUUACCGUCAUCCUCCUCAAACCUCCAUCUGUUUUCCUUCCAUGUCUUUUGUCUCCUGCAGCCACCCAGAAACACCUCCUCCCUCCUCCUCCUCCUCCUCCUCCUCCUCCUCCUGUCUCCAUCUCAAGCUACACCCACACACUUCUUCUCUUUCCAGUAUCGUCAUCCUGCAGCUUCUCUUCUUCCUCCGCCUUUGAUCUCCUUCUGCAGCCUCAGCGGUGAAGUCUCUCAAUAAUUCACAAGCAUCUCAAAUGCAAAUGAACCCCCCCCCCCCCAUGACGAAUCAGACCUCUGGUCCCAUCAUCCUGGCGCCUCUGCCCCUCCCCUUGUCGACGGUUGCUGUGACAACCCCUAGUUGUAGAAACGGGGUGAGGGAGAACCUGCAGCCUACUCCCUCGUCUCUCCCUCUCGCUCACCCAUCCCUUCCUUUCCAAAAUAAGAGCAUGCACAGGGGGACAUUUUAGAAAAUAAAAGCUUUUUUGAAUGAAGACUUAUUGAAGUGUCUGCCUCUGACUGAGUGGAAUUAGACAGACCUUCAUCACGCUGCCUCCUCCUCAGCCCUCUGCUUCUCCUGCUAGCAGGACGAGGUCUGAGAUGUUCUCUCACUGGAAGAAUUCUUCAUCUGCACUGCUCCUCACCCAAGUUACUUUCCAUUUAUAUAAGAGGUGGGCGUCGCCCACCAGCUUGAAGCUAUGUGUUGGUUGCCAUCUUGGUUUUGGGCCACUGCAGGUCCUGUUUUUGUGAGCUGGUCACUGGUUGCCAGGGUUACGUCAGAUCUUUCUAAACUAAGCCUUUCAUCUUCUAAGGAAUGUGUGUCUGUCCUGCUUAUUAUUGUUUGUUGAAAUGUUACUUGCUGUCUAUUGUUUUAGUGUUUACUGGAUUUAAUGCUAAACAAAUAAAAGUGUUUCAUCAUCUUAAAUAACCCUAA